AUGUGCGCCGUUGUGAAAAUUUCCGAGCCGAGGGGUCAACUCGAAAUUCGGAUGUUCGACAAGGAUUUAGUGCUCUCCCUUGAGCACUGGAUCGGAGCGAUCAUCAUCACCCUCGUGUUUUAUGGAUGUGCCCGUUUUUUCACGAGGGAUCGUUUUGAUCGUUUCAUGCGUUCCCUGAUUGGUCUCUGGGCCCUCAUGGCUGAUACAAACUCAUUCAGUCCACAAACUAUUCCAAAAUAUGAGAGUUCUGCUAUAUCAGUCCUGCCUCUAGUCAAGGUGGAGUUAUUAAGAGAAAAUGACGACUACGACAGUGGCGUCGAGAUUUCUUUCCAAUUUUUGCGAUCCGUUGUCAACUACGUGGUCUUCGGCGUCGACUUCGUGAAGUUUCGUCAGCUUCUGGAUUCGAGAACGAUCGCCGAGGUGAAGAAUGCGGUGGAAAGAAAUACGGAUAGCUUGUACGACGAGCUUUACUGUAAAACAGAAUGUGAGGUGCAUACCUUCGACAAAAUGGUUGUCAACCCUCCAAAACCUCACGAUGAGAUUCCAUCCCGCGUGGUGCGUGUGAAAUGCCCAAUUGGAAUCAUUACCUUCCCAAACCGAGAGGAAAGCCAUGAAGAUUUGAAGUGCGUAACCGAUUUUCAUGCGCUCCACGUCGCCGAGCCACUUUUCCAACGUAUGCCAACGAAAAUCAUCUUACGUUAUUUGCUUCUGAGUAACGGUCGAAUUUUGAAGUCGGAGAGCUUGUUCAAAGUGAAUGUGCCAGAUGUUGAGGUUUCCGGACUGGGAUUAUGUGUGGUGUGCAUGACGGAUGAAGCCAAUAUUGCUCUUCUGCCUUGUAAACACACGAGUACGUGUUCUGGGUGUACUUCAAAGCUUGCGGACCGAUGCCCGAUACUUAUUUUCAACUGGGUCUACCUGGCGAGCAAAGGAGGAGUGGUGAUUCCUAUGAGGAAGAAAUUUAGGUCGUUUCGUGUGCAGUGUAAAGUCUCAAGAUGGCUCAUUUAUUUGGGGGCUUGGCGUCCACCGAAACGGAAAGACCUGCGGGACUUUACCGACCUGCAUAUGGCAAAACCCACGUUAGUUCGAUUUCGACCGUGGUGGUUUCCUUCGUUCGUCUUGAUGUCGUCGAUAAUGGUGAAAUAUCACGGCCUUUUCCAGACACACCGACGGCAAGCUUCAUCCGAUGCUACUCAAUUCAAGGCUCUCACUCAAAUCGAUGCUCUCCAUCGAUUGGAGAAAGAACUUCAGAAGCUUUUGGCGACUGCUAAAUCUGAUGAGAAAAUGCUGAUCGAGAAGGAAUACGAGGGAUUUUCGAAGUUAUUCACGAGGUUUUUGAACGAGUCCAGCUCUGCAAUCGAUUGGGAACGAAUCGAACGAGUAUCUAAUGAGACGUUUCUGAAUAAGACUUACGGGGCAAACGUGCCAUUAGUGUUGAUGAACUCUUUCAACACUGACGAUGACACCGAAAAAGUUCUUCGCAAGUACACAAAUCUCAAUGUGACGAUCAAGACUUUCAUGCAAAGCCGGUACCCCAGAAUCAAUAAGGAAUCACUAAUCCCGGUUGCGAAAACUUGUGAUACAAAUGAUGAUCAGGAAGCGAUUCUGGACGAAGGCACUCUGAGCGCCGAGAUCAUAGUGAAUAAUAAGACCUUGUCGAAUGGCAUGAAUGUUAUCCAAUUGGAAACUGCCGUCGGUGCCGCCAUGAAGUGUUUCGAUAAAGGGCUUGGCGUCAAUGUGCCGAGGUCUCGCUUUUUGCCGGUGAAGAAAUCGCAAGAUCUUCUGCUGGUGAUGAGUAAUCUUUACAACUUGAGAAAUGGAUCAUUAGCCAUGAGCCCUAUGAGAAUGUUUCCUGGGACCCCGUUGAUUAAAUUGGGUAACAGUUUUGACAAUGUCAGAGAAUUUUUGCGUCGAUUUGAGACAAUCCCUGAUGUUCUGGAACUUGAUCAUCUCACCGUUUCCGGAGAUGUGAACUUCGGCCGCCACGUUCACUUGAAGGGCACCGUCAUUAUCAUAGCCAAUCAUGGGGACAGGAUUGACAUCCCUCAGGGCUCAGUGCUGGAAAACAAGAUCAUUUCAGGAAACUUGCGCAUUCUGGACCACUAAGAUUCCUCUCGAACAUUGAGGAAUCAGCUGACAGUGGGACUUCACAGACGUAGUUUGAAGUAUCUAAUUUUUUAGUCAAUUUUGGAAGGUAUCACUAAUUCAUAUCAAUCUUCCUCUACUGUACGAUGUGUUCGGACAUCGAGUAGAGACCCAUGUGCUGUGUACGUGUGAUGAACGAUUGAAUCCAGAAUCGUCUUCCUCUUGUGCCAAGUUGGUCUGCUAGUAGUGUUGACGCUUUCGUGUUCGGAUAUUGCGCAAUUCAGAUCACUAAAGGCAGCUGCGUUUAUCUAGGAGUUUUCAUGUUUGUUCAAUCCAAAUCGUAAUCUUGGCCCGAAGCAUCGGUACCUUGUGGCCAUUCGGAAUCAAACCACCGAUUUUGUGGCUGUUGACAUUUUGUCGUGGAAUUCAAACCGGGUGUGAUUUUCUUAUCGAAAAGAAAAAGGGAAAUUGCUGGGCAUGAUUGGCGCGCGUGUUCUUGUUGGUGACUGUGUUGGCCUUCUCAGGAAAUUUGGAUUAACCCGUGUGUCUUCUGGUGAUCAGCUGUUGUAAACGAAAGAAUCUAAGGAAUAGUUUUUUUGUUGUUUUGGAAUCGAAGCAAUGGUGCCAUAUUGACGACGUAUUUUGGAGUGUUCUCUAUUUCAUACUUGCGAUGAUGUCGCGGGUGACUUCGCUUGGUGGAAGCUCUUGACGUGAUGUGUUUAUUCGGUGAGGAGUGAAUCAAAUCAAAUUGAGAAAACGGAUCUAGUGUCAAUUUGAAUGCUUACUAUCCUCAGUUGAAUUAAACUUGGGCUGUAAGUUCAGAAUGUCACGUGGUCGACUUUUGGAACUUCGUGGGCAUACUCGUUAUUUCGUGAGGUGUAAGUGUUGUUCGCUGGUGCACAAUGUGACCAAAAACCUUCACUUGCCAUGAUUUGAGAACUUCUCUGGUCGCGUUUUUGCUUGUGCAAUAUGAAAUUUGAAGGGAUUGGGUUAUGAAGUUGAAGAUUCACUGGGGAAUAAAAUUUAAUUUUAACCCUGUA